UACAAACACAAAUUGCCGUAGAGAACAAGACACGGUAGCUUGUGAAGAGAGUAGAAGCCGCAAAACCUGUAGAUUCUGGAAACGCACCACAUAGCUUGGAGUUAAGCUUCUUCUGUUCUCUGAUAAUCCAACAUCAAAAGAAAGAACCAAUAUUUAUAACUAACUAACAAUGACAGACGCUGAAGACGCCGUAAGACGUCGUAACGCAGUGGCGGAUUAUCGAAAGAAGCUCCUCCAGCACAAGGAAUUGGAAUCCAGAGUUCGAUCAGUGAGAGAGAAUUUGCGAGCUUCGAAGAAAGAGUUCAAUAAAACGGAGGAUGACUUGAAGUCUCUUCAAAGUGUUGGCCAGAUCAUUGGGGAAGUUCUCAGGCCUCUUGACAAUGAACGCUUGAUUGUUAAAGCAAGCAGCGGACCAAGGUAUGUGGUAGGAUGCCGGAGUAAAGUUGAUAAGGAAAAAUUGACUUCCGGUACACGAGUGGUUCUUGAUAUGACAACACUCACCAUAAUGCGAGCUCUUCCACGUGAAGUUGAUCCAGUUGUUUACAAUAUGCUGCACGAGGAUCCCGGUAAUGUGAGUUAUUCCGCUGUUGGUGGUCUCUCUGAUCAGAUAAGGGAAUUGAGGGAAUCAAUUGAAUUACCUCUGAUGAAUCCAGAACUUUUUCUUCGUGUUGGAAUUAAACCUCCUAAGGGUGUUCUCCUUUAUGGGCCUCCUGGUACGGGUAAAACACUGUUAGCUAGGGCAAUUGCCAGUAAUAUCGAUGCUAAUUUCUUGAAGGUUGUUUCAAGUGCCAUAAUUGAUAAGUACAUUGGAGAAAGUGCAAGGUUGAUACGAGAAAUGUUUGGGUAUGCACGUGAUCACCAGCCCUGCAUCAUUUUUAUGGAUGAGAUCGAUGCCAUUGGUGGACGCCGUUUUAGUGAGGGAACAAGUGCUGAUCGUGAGAUUCAGAGAACACUGAUGGAGUUGCUUAAUCAACUAGAUGGAUUUGAUCAACUUGGGAAGCAAUUUAGAAGGAUUAAAAACUUUAUCUUGGCGUUUUAUUUGUUGGUUGUGGCCUUGUGGAGGUAUAGUUGGAUAAAGCCUGUAGAACAUGUGAGAUAUGAUUCAAAUGUUAAAAUGAUAAUGGCAACGAACAGACCUGAUGUACUGGACCCUGCUCUUCUACGUCCUGGAAGGUUGGAUAGGAAAAUAGAAAUUCCAUUGCCAAAUGAACUAUCGAGGAUGGAAAUUCUCAAGAUUCAUGCUGCUGGGAUUGCUAAGCAUGGUGAAAUAGACUAUGAAGCUGUUGUGAAGCUUGCAGAGGGCUUUAAUGGGGCCGAUCUUCGAAAUGUCUGCACGGAAGCUGGAAUGUCCGCAAUUCGUGCAGAGCGCGACUAUGUGAUCCAUGAAGAUUUUAUGAAGGCUGUUCGAAAACUGAAUGAAGCUAAGAAGCUUGAAUCCAGGGAUAUCCGGGUAGUGCAUGAUUUGAACAAGAAAUAUGCAUCAUGCAAUCUGUUUUGCAUUGACUUUCUCACAGUUUGUAUUUUAUAAAUUAGUUUUUGAUUUAUUCCAAGCAAUGUCAAUUUUUUUUGUUAA